AUGACAGCGACCCCGCAGACAGUAUCCCGAGGCUCUGGUAUCCCUCCUUCCCGCUCGCGAGGCAACUCCAGCGCGUCUUCGUCCAGCCUCACUUCAUCAUCUUCAUUUGAUCCACAUGACCCCCGCCCGGUGUCGCCGACACAAGACGAGCGCCGCCCGUCUGCUCUAGGCAUACGAGACAUCACCAAGCUCUACAGAGCAGAUAAGAAGGGGAAGGCGCGGGAACGGGAAAGAGGGGAAAGAGAAGCGGCCGGACCGAUAGGCUUACAGCAUGAGCCGGGGUCUUCACGGACUGAUCUGGGUACGAGUCUGCCAGGCAGCGCUGGGGAUCUGUUCGCGGUCGACGUCAAUGUGCGAGGCUGGAAGAUUGUCGGAGGGAGUAAGUGGACUGGAGAGGCUAAGAUGGGUGCCUAUGUGGUGUACGACAUCGAGAUCAUGAAGCGAUCAGGUGGAGAGAUAGAGAUCCUGCGUCGAUAUACCGACUUCGUGCGAUUACGGAACGCCUUGAAGACUCGCUUCCCGCAUCUCCGAGGUGCGAUACCAUCGCUACCUGGGAAGAAUCACAUGGCCAAAUUCGCGGAGAAGCUGCUGGAGGAUCGCAAACCUCGGUUACAGCGUUUCUUACGCACGGUCAUGCUCCAUCCCGAAAUGGGCAAAGGAGGUCUAGGCUCGGUCAUAGGAGAGUGGGUACUCAGUGGGACUACGACGACGGCCAUGUCAAGGCCAGAUCGGUGA